GAAGUCUGUUGCCCGGCACCGGAAGUGGAGCAAUGGAGGAACUAAAGACGGCGACAGGUUUGACGCAAGUGCUAAACAUUCUGUCUGAAUAUGGCUGGUACAUCCUCUUCAGCUGUAUUGCUGUCUACUACAUGUUGCAGAGGAUUAACGGUGUGUUGCAGUCAAGAAGCCACAAGCGGACGCAGGCUUCCGAAGCUCAGCUUGAACCAUCAUUAAUAAUGAGGCGCCAGGAAGCAAUGGAUGCUGCUCGCCAUCGGAUGCAACAGGAGCUGGAUGCCCAGGCAGCAAAAUACCGAGAAAAGCAGAAAGAAAUUGAAGAAGAGAAGAGGAGAGAGAAAAUCGAGGCAUGGGAGAAUAUGCAAGAAGGAAAGAGUUUCCGGAAGAGAACCAACUUGCAUCCUGAGUCAGAAUCCAGUACAAUGAGUGCAGCAAAACCCAAAUCUGACAAGAAAUCCCUGAGAGGCGGUUUUAAUCCUCUGACGGGUGAUGGUGGAGGCUCAUGUUCCUGGAGACCGGGUCGUAGGGGACCAUCCACAGGAGCAUGAGGUUAAAGGUCGGUCAGUGUCCUCUACUACAAUCAGCACUGACCACAGUCAAAGAUGCACUAUCCUGUUGCCAUAGCUGUUCAAGUUUAAUGAUUUUAUUCUGUUUCGAUUAGCUUCAACUUAGUGUUUGUCAUAUCUGAAUUUCAGUGGUCAAAUUUUUAAAAAUUUGGAUCUGCUUUAAAAAUAAGUAAUUGUGAUGUUUACUCAAACCUGAUAAAAUGGACAGCUGUGAAUGAUGUUAUCCUCAUAAAUGAGUUCAGCCACUGAGGAUUUCUGAAAAUGGAUAUGGGUAGUGACAGUAAAUUGUCUUACGUGAAUAUUCCUUGUUUUUAAGUACCAAAAUGAGUGAGUAAGUUUAUUUUUUGUUUUAACCAAUAAUUAAAAAUAUUAAAUAUAUUUAAAAUUCCA